AUGGCGAAAUCCGGCGCUACAGAAUGGUGUGAAGCAUGGCACAUCAGAAGAGCGAAGUUUGGUGUCGCGCUCGCCGUUAUAAAGAGCAAGCCUGCGGGGAAGAGCGGCCGGGAACAUGCGGAAUAUUUGGCCGCUAAACUCAAACAGCAGGAGGAAAACUGGAAAAGUAAAGCAGAAGAUCUCAAAGACGAAGUUUUAAGUCUCAGGCAGGAACUGAUGCUUGUUAAACUGCUGAACAAGCAGAGAAAUGGCACCGAGACAGCGCGGGGUGGUGAUGUAUUAAAGCUCUUCUCCCAGGAUCUCACAGAGGCCCAGCUUUCGGAAAACGACUCCGGCUGUGACACCCAGACCCUUUCCCUAACGCCUGAUCCUGUUGACGCUGGCCUCUCUUCUACAGUGCCUCUGUAUUCCAUCCCGUCCUGUCACUCGUCAUUCCACCGAGGCACCCAGGAGUGUGUACUCUCAAAACACAUGCGCUUUCUGCAGAAUCUGAGUGCAUUACGCGGGUCAGGGAGGAAUACACAGAUGGACCCAGGUGAUGCGGUGAUGGAGGACACAGCUCUUAGCAUGAUUGAAUCUGUUGUGGAGGCCCAUCGAGAAGCUGGAGGAGGAAGGUUGGGAGACCUUUCUCAGCUGGAUCGUUUGCUCCAGGCAUCACGGCUGGUGGCACAGGCCCUGGAGAGGGGAGUUGGCAAGCAGAAGGUUUUGGAGAAAGCAGAGGAGUUGCUAGAGGAACUGCUGGAGCUGCUGCUCACAAAUAGUCAGCUUAAUAAGUUUGCGGUGCAGGACAAUUUGGCAGAAUGUCUGAUCUGUCUAGGAGGUGCCAGCAUGCUCAGAUCUAUGCUGGUUAAACUCAUCCUGUCUCACAUCAUCCGCCUAGCUGAGACUCUCUGGAGCGCCUGUCAGGAAGUGCCCGAGGGACAGCAGCCCCAGCAGGUAGACUGGGCCAGGUAUGAGAACUCCUUUUACCUUUUCUGGACCCUAGAGCAGCUUAUUCAAGCCAGGUCAGGUCGAGGAGGGACCGAGAACCUCCAACUCCAAGCCCAGUUGGAAAAACUUAUCCUUCCUCUUUCAGAUGAGUUUCCCCUGUUUGCACUUUACAUGUGGAGAAUUGAGGGACUUCUUAAACCUGCCUGCACCUGA